AUGAUCCUCCAAUCGGUUCCGAGUGAAGACUACGACGAGGAGGAAAACGGGCUUGUGUCCAACAGCCCUCGUCCGCCCGCCACAAGGAAGCUCCCGCUGAAAGCGCGGCGGGUUACAGCUGCGGACCACCGAAUAUCGGAGGAGGACGAGGCCAGUUGGAAGCUGGUGGCUCUUGGUAUUUGUUGCUUCCUCGGAGUGGUCGCAGUGGGCGCGUCGCUGGCCGUGCUGUCCCGAGUGGGGCAAGAUGCUGGGGGAACCUUGCAGGGGACCCUUGGCAAUGGAGCCACAGGAGUGAAGCCGGUGCUCGCCAUCUUUGGCUUCACGAUACUUGGGGAGGAAAGCGCAGAACAAGCGCUGCCUACUAACAACGCCGUCGCCUGGGUGGCCGCCAGUCUUCUCAAGGACCACGGCCAUCUGUUGCUGUCUCCGUACGCAAAAGGAGAGCCAGCUUUCGCCAUGCCCGAGGGGAGUGCUACAAAGGGCUCCUACAUCCCGGACGGUGAAUUGGUGCAGAGCUGGCGCCCCGCUGGUGCUGGCCGCCUCCUGAGAGCAAAGGCUUCUCGUACGAGCGCACUGAGAGCUGUUGUGGUGGGGCCCAUCUCGGAGAUCCUCCAGGCACAGUACGGUCUUGCCGCACCGGCUGUGCGGGCCACCAGCGCGCAGACCGCGGCGGAUGCGUUCCUGGACCUGCGACAAAUCCUCCAAGAGGCUGGUGGUGGUUCGUCAGAGGACGGAGCAACCGAGGCACACUUGGUUCUCGUCGCGCAUCCACAUCAGUUGCCCUACCUGGCUUUGAUUGCCGUGGCUUCGGGCUUUCGCAGAGUCGCUUUGCUCGACCCGCAGCUCUUCGAGGCUGUGCCUUGGCGGACCUUCGGCUGCAGCCGGCUCGGAUAUGGGGGCGGCGGCGCCGCAGCGACGGUCGCCUUGGACCAGGAGGCCCACCGCUUCGAGUCCUAUGCUGGCCAGUUGAAGGAGACGGAGCCGGAAAGGCUGCAACGAUUACAGCCACUCAUCGAAGCCGUCAACGCGACGCUCGACUUCCACCGCUGCGUGGCACGGCAGGCAGUGCUGCCUGGUGCAGUGAGAGCCUGCGCACAAAAGCCGUAG